UACAUAGAUAUAUGUGAGAGAGACACGUGUCUAUAUAAGAUAUUCCAUGAAUUUGCGUAUCAUUCUAUCAUUCCGCUUCUGAGAAUGCUUCUGUUGAUCGAGUCUCUUGGAGGCCGAGGAAACUUACGAUGAGAUGAAUAAAUAUAUUUAUUAUAAUGAUUUUAUCUUCGCUAAGGAUGAUGACAUCUGUACAACAUUGUACGCACUAUGUGUUUUUGUCUCGAAAAUAAGAACGUUAAUGUAUACUUGAGACUUGUACAAUUGUAUUAAUGGUCAUCUGUCGCAAAUACUACAUAAAGGAAAUACUAAUGCAUUGUGAUUAUUAUUGCAUGGACUUAAACCUGUGGCAGGAAAAAUUUCACAUUUGUAUAUUGUAUGAUCGACGGUAUUUAUAUAUAUUCAUAGAUACUUUUCACAAUGCAAAAGCGGUUAACAAUUCAGUCACUGAUGCUUGUUAUUUUGGCACUGUUUGCAUUUAUUGCAAAACAGUGCAUGGUAGAUAGUCUUAAUACUGAACUGAUAGCAGGAGAAGAAAAUAGUCUUCUUGUAUUUUCGACUCUUGGAGGAUUAUUUGUUGGUGUCAGUCAACAAACAGGAGAAAUACGUUGGCAACAAGAUGAUGAACCAGUAGUCAAAGUGCCUAUUAAUCCAUCAGAACCUAAGAUGCCAAUGUUUCUGCCAGAUCCCAGAGAUGGUUCCCUCUAUCUAUUUGGCAGAGAUUUAGGAGUAUUAAAAAAAUUGCCAUUUACCAUUCCUCAGUUAGUGGCCAAUAGUCCUUGUAGAAGCAGCGAAGGUAUAUUGUACACUGGACGAAAAAUAGAUACUUGGUUUAGCAUUGAUUUAACAACUGGUGAAAGAGAACAGCUUUUAAGUUUUAAUAGCGAGAAAAAUACUUGCCCUUUGGAAAUGCAGAAUGCUAUUUUUGUGGGUCGCACAGAAUAUAACAUUAUUAUGGUAGACAGCAAGCAUAAAGACAGAAAAUGGAAUAUGACAUUUUAUGACUAUUCUGCUUCAGAAAUGGAACCUGAUGUAAUGAACAAUUAUGAUUUAUUACACUUUACAACAAGUUCAACAGGUCGUGUUGUGACUUUAGAUAGAUUAGGCAGAAUUAUUUGGAAAUUAGAUCUCAAAAGUCCAGUGAGAGCAAUAUACACUAUAACUAAAAAUGGUUUACUAACAAUUCCUUUUAAAAGUAUUGCUGAUUCUUCAUUAGAAAGUUUUGCAGAAAAACCAACUGAUGUGCAAUUAUUUCCUACCUUGUUUGUUGGGAAGCAUCAACAUGGUCCCUACGCAUUACCAUCACUCGUCGAUUCGGCAACAACAGUAUCGAACAAUAUUGAGCAUUUAUUGCUGGAAAUUCCAUUAUUGACUUCACAUAUUGAUGAAGCUGGUAAUAAAAUACCAUUGCCAGGAGAUUAUGUUUUUAUUCCUAAUGUUGACACAGAUAACAAUGGUUAUCAAAGUGUCGAAUACAAAAAUAUGUUAGGGUAUCAACCACAGAGUCAAUUUCUUCAAAUAACCGGACGGUCCGAUCCGAUAAUUUUGGAAACUGCAUCAUCGAAUGUUACCGACAUGAAGUUGCCAGUUGCCAUGCAAUUGGAUAUAUCUAAUAAUACUGUGCAGUCAGAAAGCAAUCAUAAUUGGAAGAAAAUUCUAUUAGAUAUGUAUAAUACGGCCAAAGUAUGGAUCAAUCAACAAGAAAAUACGGGUAUAAAAUUGGUCCUGAUCAUAUUUGCAGGAUGCAUGAUUGCUGCAUUAUGGUAUCUAUAUGUGCAAAAUAAACAGCAAUCUCAGCAACUCUCGCAGUUUUCUCGUGAAAACAGUCGCACGAAUUAUUCAGGCAAUUCGAUUAUCAUGCCAGAAGAUAUUGGAGAGGGCUUAGUGAAAGUGGGGAAAAUUAUUUUCGACACGGGACAGGUUCUCGGCAAAGGAUGUGAAGGGACAUUUGUAUAUAAAGGUGAAUUUGAUGGUCGUGCAGUGGCUGUGAAGCGUCUGUUGCCGGAUUGUUUUACGUUCGCUGAUCGAGAGGUAGCUCUGUUAAGAGAAUCAGACGCGCAUGCAAAUGUAGUCAGAUAUUUUUGUACUGAACAAGAUCGUAUGUUCAGAUAUAUUGCCCUGGAACUAGCCGAAGCCACUUUACAAGAUUACGUGACUGGCAAGUACGACAGGGAAAAGAUAUCUGUGAAAAAUAUUUUACAUCAGGCUACCUCUGGAUUGGCACAUUUACAUUUUUUAGAUAUCGUCCACAGGGACAUUAAGCCUCAUAAUGUAUUGCUCUCUGUUGCUGGACCUCGAGGAGAAGUACGUGCAAUGAUAUCGGAUUUCGGAUUAUGUAAGAAACUUCAACUUGGGCGCGUAUCAUUUUCCCGGAGAUCCGGUAUUACCGGGACUGAUGGCUGGAUAGCACCGGAAAUGUUGAAUGGGGAAAGAACAACAUGUGCUGUCGAUAUCUUUUCACUUGGCUGUGUUUUUUAUUAUGUUCUCUCUGACGGCAAACAUCCUUUCGGCGACCCCCUACGCAGACAAGCCAAUAUUCUUUGUGGGGAGACUAAUCUGACCGCGCUCCGAGGAAUAUCCUCGAGUGACAAAGAAUUAGCGUUAUUAUUAAUUAAGGCGAUGAUAUCAAGUAAUCCUGCUGGGAGACCACCAGCUUCGGCAAUUUGUAACUAUCCGAUCUUUUGGAAUUCAAUAGAGAUUUUAAGUUUUUUCCAGGAUAUUAGCGACCGAGUAGAAAAAGAUCAAUAUGAUAGUCCAGCUUUGAUAGCCUUAGAAACUUCCAGAGAAUACGUGAUACGCGAUGAUUGGAGAUUGUAUAUAGACUCGGAAGUUGCAUCAGACUUGCGAAAAUACAGAAGCUAUCGAGGUGAUAGCGUAAGAGACCUACUCAGAGCUUUACGGAACAAAAAACAUCACUACAGAGAACUAAGUCCAAAAGCGCAAGAGAGUCUCGGGGAAAUUCCUGAAAAGUUUACAGAAUAUUGGCUGUCGAGAUUUCCAUGUUUAUUGUGUCACGUAUGGUGUGCGAUGCAGAGUUUUCGAAACGAGUCGUGUUUGAAACAAUAUUAUCAUUCGCAAUAUAUUUUCGCGAGUGGUUAUGAAGAGCAACCAUUAAUGAAAUUCGCACAUGUAGAGCGAAUUAAUAAUGUACUAUCUACGUCAAUCAAGAUACGACAGACAGUCGAUGUUGAUUGGAAUCCCAAUCGAAUAAAAUAUCGUGGUCAAAGAAGAAAACAGGAGAAGAGAAAACAAGAAGAACCCUCGCCAUGGAUAUUACAACAAUCGCCGAAUUAAAUUAUUUUAAAAUAGUAAAAUAUAAUUAUGAAUUAAAAGUGAACAAUAGUGUGAGUGUGUGCGAAUAUCUCAAUCAAAAUAAAAUUUUUAUCAGACUCAUAGUUUGAUAAAAUGAAGUUUCGUUUUUGAUUGAAGAAAAGAACUAGAAUCAUUUUUUAUAAGUGAUAUUUUAAAAAUUUUUAUAUCAGUUUAAAAAUCUAUCAUAACACGGAAUU